AUGACCUCCCCGACAUUCGCAAUCAUUGCUGGCGUCGUUCCGGGAACGGGCGCCUCCAUAGCCAGGAAGUUUGCCAAUGUCUAUUCUGUGGUUCUUCUGGCUCGGAAUCCGGCCAGCUAUGAAGCCGUUCUCCUGAGAAAAAAAUCUUGUGGCGGCCAGGCCGUGGGCAUCAGCACCGACCUCGCCGAUUCGAACAUCGCCAAGUCUACUUUUGACCAGAUCGCAGCGCAAUACUCAGGCUCUACUCUUGCAGCAGCAGUCUUUAAUUGUGGCAGCGGGUUUGUGCGGAAGCCGUUCCUGGAGCUGACGGAAGAGGAUUAUUCAGGUUCUCUUGCUUCGCAGGCGUAUAUAUCUCCUAUCUAUUUCAUCCCAUUUCAAAAGGUGGCUUUAGUUUCGCCCAGGGGGGCUCUGCCACUCCUCCUCAAGGCACGAGAUAUAUCGCAGCACCCGCCGACCUUGAUCUUCACCGGGGCGAUGGCUAGUAUAAAAGGGUCCGCGGAGUGCGCAGCCUUUGCCUCCACCAUGUUCGCGCUGCGCGCCUUGGCACAGUCACUUGCCCGUAAGUUCGGAUCGCAGGGGGUACACGUGUCGCGCGCCAUCAUCGACGGGGUUAUCGAUAUCCCGCGCACAAAGAGUUGGAAACUUGAGCAUGAAGAUGCUAAGCUGAGCCUUGGCGCUAUUGCGGAGGCGUACUGGCAUUUGCAUACGCAGCCACGGAUGACCAUUACGUUUGAGAUGGAUCUGCGGCCGUAUGUGGAGAAGUGGUGA